AUGCGGUUGUUACAUAUUGCAUUCAUUGUGCAAUCAUUUGCAUUAUUUGUCAAUGGUGCAAAAGAUUACUACGAAGUGUUAGGUGUUAAACGUGGUGCAUCAACGGCACAAAUUAAGAAAGCAUUCCGAAACUUAGCACUCAAAUAUCAUCCGGACAGAAAUAAAGAUCCAAGUGCACACGAGAAAUUUCGAGAAAUUGCCGCAGCAUACGAGAUACUUGCUGAUGAACGAAAACGGCGAGACUAUGAUGCUGGCGGUUGGUCUGAUGAUCGGCAGCAACAGCAUGCGCAGAGCUUUGAUUUUGAUUCUUUCAUGCGUGAAUUUCAAGAAAGUAUGAAUAUUCACCGAAGAAGUCAUGACGGUACACAUUGGAAAACCCAUUGGCAAGGAACUCAUGGACGCAGUUUAUUUGAUGAUCUCUGGGAAGGUUUUGAUAUGUUUUCAUCGUUCGGUGAUUUUAGAAAUACGGGAAGUUCCGAUGGAUUUGGUGAAAUACAUUUUGGAGAUUUUCAGUCGCAUCCAGCUGCAAUGUACAUGAAAGAAACAAAUCAAAGAGGACAGAGAUGUAAAACGGUUACAAAAAAAACGGGUAAUAUGAUGACUACGCAGACAAUAUGUACUAGUGGUUGA